AACAGGCUUUUGCGUAAUUUCCCGCCAGAACACCAUACGAAAAGCGAAAGUCGAAUGCGAACAAUGCUUUUAUUUAACCUGCUAAUGUCUUUACACAUUAGGGUAUAUUUUGUAGAAGCAGCUAUACUGUGUUUCCACAAAGUACCAGAAUUUGCCCUGGAAUUCACGGCUCCGGAUAUCAAGAUAUUAGUCCCGAUAUUAACAUUUUACACAGCGGUUUUUAAUCUACUCAGCGAACAGGAGGGUGAGAGGGAAUGGGAUGAGAAAAAAAGGAUGGAAGAUUGCGAGAGGGACCGACCGAGGGGAGGAGGGCCGUAAUCGGAUUAUGAAGCCGUAGUUUGCAGAUGCCUUAUUCCCUCCGCGGUAGGUGUUGCAGAUGACUUUACAGUCCAUGUCUAAAUAUUACAAUGAUACGAUUUCAGUGGAUAUAUAUCCGUUUGUUAAAUUUGGAAAUGACCUUGAAAGAAACUUAGUUUUUCUUUUCGUUACCUUGUGGAAUUUUGAGUACGUUUACUACGUUUACAUUACUUUUUAUAAACGAAUGCCAAUUUUGAUAAAAAUCUACUUUGCGUUUUGAAGUGAAAAAUGAAUGUGAACAAACACGAACCUCCGUGGAUCGGACUGCUUUUAAGAACUGUUUAAAAGUCUUCACUCACUCUGGAUGUUUAAUGCUGAGUGAAGUUUCUGCGCGAUUCUAAUUUCUUAAUACUUGGAUGUACUUGGACUGGGUGUCACCGUGCUUUGGAUGAAAGUUUUUGCUCCGGGUGGAAUUGCAUUUACGGGGUUACAUGAUGCUGAUAACGGACGACAGGGACAGAGGAAGAUCCUCAUCUAUCAAAUUAAAGCACAUUUCGCAAAUCAAAUAUGGAGAUGUGCUGGUUCAUCCCGCACCAGCUGGGCGGUCAGCAUCGCUAACCGAGGAAGACGAUCAUCCGUCUUAUUCUGAAUCAGAAGGAGAGGACUACGAAGAGUACGAUGAUUUUUCAGAGAUACCCGACACUAGGAGCAUCGCUUCGGAUGACUCUUUCUACCCGGUAGAGGAUGAGCUGGCAGAAGCCAGCGCCUGGCCGCCUGCGGAGUGUCCUGCGGCGCUUUCUUUUUUCCAGGCGUGUAGCACCAACAAUGCAGUCGGGAUUAAGAUAAUGAUAAGACAAGGUGUGGCUGAAGAAGAAGUUACGGAAACAGAUAAAAACAACAGGACGGGGCUGCUGGUCGCUUGCUAUCAGGGCUACGUUGACGUCGUCAUUGCACUAGCACAGUGCCCCUUCGUCGACGUCAACUGGCAGGACAAUGAAGGAAACACAGCUCUCAUCACGGCUUGUCAGGCAGGACAUAUAACUAUCUGCAACUACCUGCUCAACUAUUAUCCCGGCCUCGACCUCGAGCGCAAGAACUGCCACGGCUUCACAGCCCUCAUGAAGGCCGCCAUGCAGGGCAGGACAGAAUGUGUCCGGACUCUAAUGUUCGCAGGGGCGGACCUGGGUGCCCGCGACCCUGGGCGGAAGCUGGCGUCUUUGGAGUGGGCCGUGUUCACAGGCCGCCACGAGACGGCUCGGCUGGUGACACGGCUGCUGGCCAGGCCCUGCCCGGAGCAGUUCUCCGAGUCCUACAGGCUGGAGUGGUCUCCACUGCCUGACCCGGUGGCCAAGGCCAAGAAGCAGAAGGGCUGCCUGAGGAAGGUGACGGAGGCCAUCCGCAACUCCUUCUUCUUCAGGACGCGCGGGGAGCCGCAGGAGGACGGCGUGAUGGACCACAUGGUGCGCCUGACCACUGGGAUAGGCAGCCCCUUCGUGGCCACGGCCUGCCAGACGGUGUGCCCAAACAGCCCGCCUCGCGUCGGCAAACGGCGCUACUCUGUGCAGGAGAUCCUCAAGAAGCAGCGGGCGGAGCAGCUCAAGAACCUGGGGUCUGAGCACCUGGACAGCUACAAGAAGCUGUUCCAGAACUCCCAGGUGACUCUGGUGCCCAGGAAGAAGGAGCGCAGGGCUAGCCUGCAGUCCCGGGACCCGGCGGGCGGUGACGCGGUGGCACUGAGGCGCACCAGCCUGCUACCCCUGCAUCUGGUACGGCGCCGGAGCGUACGGCCAGGCAUGGCGGUGCCCAAGGUCCGGGUGACCAAGGCCCCGGCACCGCUCUACGUGCCCGAGAAGGAGCAGCAGAAGAAUGGCUCCGUCAAUGAGAACCUUCUGCAGAUCCCCAAGUGGAGGUACAAGGAGCAGCGGGAGGAGCGGAAGAAGAUGGAGGAGGCAGAGAGGAAGAAAAGGGAAGCACAGUCUGAGAAGAAGCGCACGUUUGCAGGGAGGAGGACAUAACGUUCUCCUGGCCACUUCCUGUCAGGGCAUUAGCCCUCGCUGCUGAGCUGAGCCACACACCACGCGAGAAUUUCAUACCUGAACAAGAAUUUGUAUUUAUUUUCCUAUUUAUUGCUUGGAGAGAAAUAAUUGAUUUUUAUAAAACUUUUUGUAGAUUGUCACAGAGGAAAAUCCACUACUAGUGACCAAAGGAUCAGAAACCAAAUUGUUUUGAUAGCCAUAGAAGACAAAUGAACUGAGCCGACUUAGGUAGCAUAUUAAUAAGUAAUUUACAUGUGAUAUGGCCAAGUUUUCCAACUCAUUAGCUUGGUUAAAUGCUCAAUAUGGUGUAGUUAAUUCACUACGAAUGACAACUUUUGCCCAAACACUUUUGUUCAGUAGCUGAUGGAAAGUGAAACCUGACAGCAAAAUGAAGGUACACUACAGGAGCAGAACCAUCUUAACGUCUAAAUGCCAUGCGAUGAAUGUACCCCACCAUUAAAUCGUAGCUAAUCGCAAUUGCGAGAUACAUCUCAUCUUCAGACAUGAUCGCAGUUUCCAUCUACAUUUAAUGAAAUAUAGGGUACAGUCUCUCUGCACUGACAGACCAGCUACCCUACACCACGAGAAAGUCAUACAUUUAUAAAUUCCAAAUGGGCCAAAUUUAUUAAUAGCCAACAGAAGACAAUUUAACCUUCCUGAAUGUUAGCUGGCUGUGCCAGGAAAUGUGCCUGUUAGGCUAAGCUGGGCCAUGGCUGGCUCCUUUAACAAGACCGACUCGCGUAUAAUCAGAGUACCUCUCAGAUGGUUUUAUUGCUAUUCUGCUUGUCAUCUCCAUGAAGGUUUACGUGAGUGGCCCUACACUAAAGUAACCCAUUCAUAUCUGCACAGAUCUGGACAUCCCCUUUAUAGCGGUGAGGUCAUUUUUGUGGUUUCACCAUAGGCUUCUGGGUGGAGAAUCAUACUCCAGGCUCUUUCAAAACCGAUUGGGUAGUUGAGCUCAGUAAAGCUAACACUAGUGGGAAUUUUACUUACACAAGAAUUGUAGAGGAGGUGGGUCCAAGCAACUAGACUAGUCCUAGUCAGGACCAAGACAUCUGAUUGGUUGGUCCCUCCUCCUCUAGUUGCUUGGACAGACCUCCUCUUCAGUCUGAUUGGUUAUCUCUCUGGACCAAUCAUUUCUGUUCUGCCCUCAGAACACUCAGAACACUUCCAUGAGUAAACUGAUAAUCUCCCAGUCUUAGUAUUUAAACGGUGACAAUGCAGCAGUCUGUGUUGCAUUGAUCCAUCUGUCCCUGUGCGUUUUAUCCAUGAGCUCAUCACACCCAAGGCGCGUGGAUGAUGUGCUCCUGGAGAACGUGAGAAAUCCCUCACCACUCUCACGGCCCUCAUGGGAGCCGCAUAUCAUGAGAUCACCCCUCACUGAUGGCCAGCGUCUGCUCCUUGGGCUGUCCUUCAGUCACGGCAUCACAAAAGAACCAUCUCAGGAAGAUUCCUCAUGCUGUCAUGUUUGUCAGAGGAGUGUGUCUGGAAUUGAGGAAUUAGACCCAAGCUCUGUGAAAAGCUCUCAGAAAAAUCAGGUUCGCUUGAACACGGUUUGGUUUCCCACAUGCCACGUCAUCACCUGGCCCCCCCUGUAGCUGGGAUGCAGCCUGGGGCGAGCGGCACGGUGGUCACUGUCGCACGGCUAAGGUCGGGAUGACUCCACUCCUCAUCUUCUAAAUGUCCAUGAAGAACACUGAUACAGCAGCACGGAAACUUGUUUACACUGUUAAGAUAAUGAUGCUAAAUGAUACAUGUGGGGAAAUGUAACUGGAACCAAGGCCAGAUGCCACUGUGACGGCAACACUGUCAUCUCCGGCCUGAACCUUGUAUUGUUCUUAGUGUUGACCUGCAGCUUUGGUGGCAUGUAUUCAGUGAAAGAGGCACUUGUAGUAAAAGUGUAAAAAAUCUA